AAAUCUCACUUCCCAUCUCUCGAUCGCCAUAUUUGAAGAUGUCGAUCUUCUUCAAGAGACUGCUAAGCAAUGCUGCACCCAUCACAUUUUCGCAUGCAUUUCGACGCCAAUCGCAAUCAACUUCAACCAAUUUUCGAAUUCCAUUUGGAGUAGUUGCUGCUAUCUCUGGUGGAAUAUCGUAUUUUUAUUACUUUUCUGAGCCGAAUUUGGUUCAUUUAGAUCAUCAGAUCUGUGAGGAGACAGGUCCAAAAGCUGCUCUUCAUCCUAAAAAAUGGGAAGAGUUUAAGUUGCAAGAGAAGGCAACGGUCAGCCACAAUACACAUAUAUACAGGUUUUCUUUUGAUCCUAAUCUGAAGCUGGGGCUCGAUGUGGCAUCGUGCCUCAUUACAAGGGCUCCAUUGGGGAAAGAUGCUGAAGGGAAAACAAAAUAUGUUAUUCGCCCGUAUACCCCUGUAUCUGAUCCAGAUUCAAAAGGUUACUUUGAUUUGAUGAUCAAGGUUUAUCCUGAAGGGAAAAUGAGUCAGCAUUUCGCAAAAUUAAAGCCAGGCGAUAUCGUUGAAGUAAAAGGCCCCAUUGAGAAGGUCAGAUACACUCCCAAUAUGAAGAAACACAUUGGCAUGAUUGCAGGUGGCUCAGGAAUCACUCCAAUGCUUCAGGUUAUCGAGACUAUUCUUAAGAAUCCAGAUGACAAUACGAAAGUAUCUUUGGUUUAUGCAAAUAUAUCGCCUGAUGACAUCCUUCUCAAAAAGAGACUCGACAUGCUUGCAGCUAGCCACCCCAACUUAAAGGUGUUUUACACCGUUGAUAAUCCAUCCAAGUACUGGGUUGGAGGUACAGGCUAUAUAUCAAAGGAUAUGGCUUCCAAAGGCUUGCCUGCCCCAAGCAACCACACCCUUAUACUUGUUUGUGGCCCGCCGGGAAUGAUGAAACAUAUAUCCGGUGACAAGGCAGAAGACCGAUCACAAGGCAAGCUAACCGGCAUACUCAAAGAACUUGAAUACACAGAAGAAAUGGUUUACAAAUUCUAAUUGCCAACAACAUCAUUGUCACCAAUUUAUUUUCCAUCAUUCACAGAACAUUUGGUAAACAAUUAUAUUUCAUUGGAUUAUAAUGGUAAUUUUUUGUUGUUGGAACACUUGGUAAAUACUAAAUAGUUUUUUUCUUUUUCCAGACAUUGCUACCAACAAUCGUUGAUCAAAUCCGACCUCUUAACAAAUCAGACAUAAAAUAACAUAUAGCAGAGAUCACAUUAAUGAAAGGAAGUUUCUUGAAGAGCCGAGCUUUGACCGCCAAUUUGACUAAAUUAGUUUAAAGA